ACUUAGGAACAAAAUCAAAGAACAAAUUAAGGUCUAGUUCUUGGCUUCCGCAAUUCCUGAAAAUCGUGAACGGCGCGUGGUUGUUAUACGCGGGUACUUUCAGACUCGCGCGAAAAGUAUCGACUUGGUGGUACUCAGGACUCCUUUAUACGUUUGUUUUCCGGAUAGUGUGAAUUGUACGAAAAUAGUGCUUUUUUCGAUUUGAUCAGAUCAAAAAAAUGAUGUUAGAAAUUCGGCAGAAAAUUGCAUUUCUUUAUCCAACCUACGUGUUAGCCAUCGUGUCCAUUGGAUAUGUCUUAGGAGAACUGGGACAUUAUAUGAUUGGAGUAACUAGCAAAGCAAUAGCUAUGGACCUGCAUUAUGGUGAUAUCACUUGCCAACUAAACAACACAGAGUUAUAUCUAAGCGAUCUUCCAGUUGUUUGCUCAGAUGCAAACAACUCAGACACGUGUUUAUCAUUGUCUAUUGAUGAUGAGCCAUAUUGCGAAUGGACUUACAACGGUCUCGGAUUGGAUUACCAAAUAUUAGCAGGACCCAGCUUUAUAGCGGUGUUUACCGUUGUCGGAGUCAUAAUGGGUUAUUUAGCUGACAAGUUUAACAGGGUAAAAAUGUUGGGAAUUGCUAGUGUAGUAUUUUCGAUAGCCAUUAUAGUCAGUGGUUCYGUAACGGAAUAUUGGCACUUGGUACUACUUCGCAUGGUUAUGGCCGCUGGCGAGUCAGCUUGUAAUCCUCUAAGUACUGGCAUUCUAUCUGAUAUUUUUCCAGAAGAAAAAAGAGCACUAGUGAUGUCAAUUUUCAAUUGGGGAAUAUAUGGAGGAUACGGUAUUGCAUUUCCAGUGGGAAGAUAUAUCCCUCCAUUGAACGCUUGGGGUUUGGGUUGGAGGGUGUGUUAUUAUGGAGCAGGCAUAGUGGCUUUAAUAUUUGCAUUUCUGACUAUUUUUACUCUGAAAGAACCAGAGAGACAAUCGAUUGGUGAAGACGCUGCUGCCCAAGCUAAUCCAGAUGCAAAAAAAGUUACCAUUUGGACUGUGAUGAGCGAACCUCGAGUUAUAAUGUUAUGUCUGGCCGCAUCUAUUAGACAUUGUGGUGGAAUGUGUUUUGCGUACAAUUGCGACUUGUAUUAUCAAAUAUAUUUUCCUGAUUAUGAUUUAGGUUGGUGGUUGUUUGCAGUCACAAUAGUCGUAGGAAGUAUUGGUGUUGUAGUUGGGGGUGUGAUUUCCGACAAAUUUGUAGCAAAAAUGGGAAUCAGAUCCCGAGUAAUCAUUUUAGCAGCUAGUCAACUUAUUGCCACACCUUUUGCCUUUGGAAGUGUAUACUGUGAGCCACUAGGAGCCAUAAUUACAUUAGGAAUAUCCUACUUUUUCGUAUGUCCUUUAGGAAAUAGCAAAAAAGCAGAAAAAGAACAUUUUACAUCUCAAUAG